GUAUUCAACUAAAAAGAAUACCAAACACUCUUUGUGCUAGAACUGAACUUGUAGACGGCAGAUAUAGAAUCGUUUCUGAUCGUUUUAUCUUUGACGUCAUGAUCUGUUCCAUUGUAAAUCCUGUCUUCAGCGAUUUUAAGAUUACAGACUGAUCUACGGAUUUACGGACCACAUCCUGCCCGUGGAGGGACUGGGUUCCAGGGCUUAGCUCAGCAGGGGUUGGAUAUAACAUGUUGGUUAUCAAMGAGGUUAUUCUCUCUCUCAAGCUUACCAUCAAAGAUUGCACUCGGGACGAUAGCCUGACCAUUUGGGCCUGACCUCGAGGAAGCUUACAACAUCCAAGCUUUCCUCGUUAACACAAAACUGACAAUGACUUCAUCGUAUAUGUUGCUGCUAAAGAUUUUGAUURUAAUGACGCUUCUUGUGAUUAUAAUGGACGAAACCCAUGCAAAGGCACUGAACAAUUCUACAAUAUCAACAUCUAAGCAAUYUCGUAGUGGAAAAUGGUUUUCAUGGAAAUUUUGUGGGAAAUUAGGYGACGUCUGUAAGCCUGCCUCCAGAAAGCACUGCUGUUCUGUGGGCUUCACCUGUGUCAUCAAAAAAUGGCAAAAACCUUUCAAGCUACGGCGUAAACCAUUCGGCAAAUGCAUGCCKGUACCUACCGCACCGUUGAGCRAUAGAGAAGUAGUAAUAUUGGGUUGAAAGAACGGAUAUUGAACACCCAUCACACUUUUGGACUAGGACUURUAUAUUUAUACUGCUUUUUACUGGACAGACAGUCUUUUGAAACUCCGUCAGAAUGAAGGCACUUUGGAAACUAUAUAGCCGUUUGUGCUAUAAGAGGCGUCACCUUAUUUAGAAGGGCAUCUAACCUUUAAGAAAUGUUUGCUUUAUUUAUUACUUUCUUAUUUGAAAUAAAUGUCACUCGGUUAUGGUUUAA